UCCUAAAUAGUCUUUGGCUUUUCGGCAUUUCUCUUCCGGUAGCUUCAGUAAGCCAUUUUGGUUUUGGUGUGGUUUUCAUGAAUACUUGGGGACAAUGUCAAGAUACAGAGACUCUGGGUCAUCCGAUUGCAAGCUCUAUGUGGGUGACCUAGGUGAGUGCUCUGCAGCUUCCAAACAGGAGCUGGAGGAAGCAUUUUCGUACUACGGGCCGUUGCGCAAUGUGUGGGUGGCUCGUAACCCACCGGGCUUUGCGUUUGUGGAGUUUGAGGACCCCAGGGACGCAGAGGAUGCCGUGAGGGGGCUAGAUGGCCGGACCAUCUGCGGGCGCCGGGUGAGGGUGGAGCCCUCGAACGGGAUGGGCGGGAAGGGCAGGUUCAGGGGGCCCCCGCCCAGGCGUGGCCGCCCCUUCCACCCGGAGGACCGCUGCUACGAGUGCGGGGAGCGGGGGCACUAUGCCCGCGACUGCUACCGCUACCGCAGCGGGGGUCGCAGCAGCCGGCGCAGGUCGUACUCCCGCUCCAGGUCAAGGUCGCGCUCGCGCGAUCGCCGCUCAAGGUCGCGCUCGGCGUCCAGGUCCCGCUCCCGGGACCGAGGCCGGUCCAAGUCCCGCACCCCGCGAGACAGGUCUCGCACUCCCAAGGAUCGCUCGAGCUCCAGGACUCCGCGUGACCGCUCACCUCGUGAUCGCUCACCGCGAGAUCGCUCACCGCGUGACCGCUCACGCUCACGCACUCCCAACUCCAAGAGUCGCUCCCCUUCUCGUUCCAGGAGCAGGUAAAGGGCUCGUGAGUCUGCAGAUAAGAAUGCCAACACGCAGAAUGAUGCUCGCGACUAGUUUUCUGUGUGCCCAGCUUCUAACGUUCCCUGAUUUGUUUCUCGGCCAUCAUUAUUCCGCAGUUGGUUUUGUUUGUCUAGUAUUGUGUUCAUUACAGUGUACGUCAGAAAUGUGUAGGAAAGGUAGUUUUAGCCUAGGUUAGUGUAAGAUGCUUGUGUGCACGUGUCACUGAACUUUGACUGAAUUUUCCAACAAGAAGAGAAUAGUAUUCUGCAAUAACUCACAUGUUGUAAACUUUUGUGACUUAAAAAAUUAUUAUACUGCUUUUGUUAUAUAACUAAACAAAAAGUUAAUGUAUCAUGUUACGCAAUAGUAAAAAUGCCCAAGACAAGUAUUUCUUGUUUUAGUUUUUGUUUUCGGAGUUUGAAUUGUAGCAUUUUCCAUGUUGAUAGUAUCUUGCCUAAUGUCAUGUGUGAAAGUGCAUUUGUGAACAGUAUUGUUAUAAUUUUAUACCUCUGACAUUUUUGUACGACAUUCGGUGGUAGUUGUCGUGUACUAGAGCACAAAAUUCACAGAAUAAAUGUAUUGAGAUUUUA